UCCGUUCUUUACUUUCGAUUUCACAGGCAGUUGACGCAUCGAGCCUCGAGACGGAAUAAUAAUCUGCAGGGAAAGCUCGGACGGAAGGAGUCGAUUUCCAAGUGCCCCUCGACACUUCUUUCCAUGGUUUUUUAGCGGAAAUCAUUGGCAAAGCAGCUGAAUGGCCGACAACGUGCCCAAUUUCGGCUCGGCCGAAGAGGAGGCCAAAUACUGGAAACACUUGGCUCUUCAAUACCAACAAGGAAUGAAGGAAGCCAGGGAGGACCUCGAGGAAUUUCAGCUAAAUUCGCACGAAUUGGAACGCGAGCUGGAAGCGCAGUGCGAGCAGGCGGAGACGCGGCUGCACGGCCUGGAAUCGGCCUACAACCAAUUACAGAGGGACUACGAAGAUCUCAAGAAACGAAACGAGGAAAUGCAGCAGGAGUACCACCAAGAACUAAACACCCUGGGCAGCGAGCUGCAGCAGCACCGACGCAACGCCGAGGGACUCCACAAGUACAUUCGGGACCUCGAGCAGAGCAACGACGAGUUUGAGAAGUCUUCUCGGAUCAUGCACGCCACCAUCGAAGACCUCGAGACCAGGCUCAAUUUGUCGAUCGAGAGAAACGUCUUCAUCGAGUCAGAGCUAGAUGACAAAGAGAGCCUAAAGGCUAUGGUUCAAAGGCUAAAGGACGAGUCUCGUGAUUUGCGACACGAGCUUAAAGUGAGGGAACAAAGGAGAGAAUUGCCUGACGUUGAGAACAAGAAGAAUUUGGAACUGAGCAAAUCACAUGACAAGCUGAUCAAGUAUGAAAUUGAAUCACCUGGGACUCCGUUGAAGGUGAGCACGCAGCACAAUGCAGGUGCCGCUUCGCCAGCGCUGACGCCGUCAGCGCGCAUUUCCGCGCUGAACAUCGUGGGCGACCUGCUGCGCAACGUCAGCGCCCUGGAGAACAAGGUGGCGCACGCUCGGAGCCUACCUCGGCGCAGCGACCCCAACUCGACCGAGUCACCAAGGUUUGUCCGGACUCGCAGGGUUUGAAGCAAGACGAGAGUGAAAAGCGCCCGCACCUCCACAUCAAACACCCCAGCCAAGAGCGUCAACAACAACAACUCGCCGACGAAAAGCGGCAAAACUCCUUCUGGAUUAAUCCGAGCCUGAUAAAAUUGGCUUAAACCACCCACCCACCCACCCACCCACCCACCCACCCUUUCCUUUUCACUUUUCCUCGUGCCCAUCGUCCGAAAGCAUCUAAUCAGCCGUGUGCAUCUGUGUCUAGAGGUUUUAACUUCUGAGGUAGAAUUUAGCAAUUGAUCACUUGUUUGGUAUUAUUUAUUGCUUGCCCGCAGCGAGCUUUUAAUAACUUCUGGGUAAUUUUUCCGCCUCCGAUUAAUGUUUUAUAUUAAUUAAUCCAAGUCAAGGGUUUGCGUUGUUUCAACGAGGGUGUCUUAGCGUGUUACUUUCUAUCGAGAUGACGGGAGUUGUGAGAAUACAAAUUUCCUAUUAAGUCAUAUACAGAGAUUUAUGUAAAAUAUAAAUACACUAUAGCUCUACUUAUUUAAUUAUCACCAUUAAAGGUUCUUAUUUUCGGUGUACUAAUCUUUUUUGUUUAAAAACAACCAUAGCAACUACAAUAAAAUAUCGAUCACAAAAGCUGUGUGUAACUAUGUCACACACACACUCACUCACUCUCCGUGCAAUCCAUAAAAGACUAUAUUAUACAUAUUACUCCAGAUAAGGAGAUCAAAUGAUACACUGUUAACGAAACAGAAAAGAAAAUUGCAACUAGAGAAAAUUAUUUAGGGUAGCUUUAAAAGGAAAACAGCACUCGUGGUGCCUGUCAAAGUGAUGAACCAAUAUGAAUAAACUUCGUCAUAAGAAAAGAAAA